AAGCGGAAGACGGCCGAGCGUCUCGUCGUAGGAAGGAAAGGGAGACAGAGCAGUUCAGUUCGUAACACAGAUGAGGUUUCAGGGGCUUAGACGUCGAAAUCCGCCUCCAUCCUCUUCGCGGACGUAGGAAAUGUCGUUCAAAAUAGGAAGAACAUAAUAUUCACCCUUCGAGCUUUUAAACGAGGCCCGUAUUGCGACAUUCCGACAAUCGAAAGGUUUGAAAAGGAACGGUGAAAAUCGGACUGUGACGGAAGGAAAGGUUUUAUUUUGGGAUCAGAGAAAGGGUUUUUGUCUGUGGAAAAUCGAGGGCUUUCACGGUUUUCCGAAGGGGAUAAAAAGUUGCUGUUGCUGUAAACGGUUUAACUUGUGGGAUACUAGCUGCUGCUGCCUGUUUAAGUGAAAAAUUGAGUCAUGGAACUGAGAGUAGGAAACCGGUACAGACUGGGAAGAAAAAUUGGAAGUGGAUCUUUCGGAGACAUCUAUUUGGGUACGGAUAUUUCUGUGGGGGAAGAAGUGGCCAUCAAGCUGGAAUGCGUGAAGACAAAACACCCUCAACUUCACAUAGAGAGCAAGAUCUACAAGAUGAUGCAAGGAGGAGUGGGAAUCCCUACCAUUAAGUGGUGCGGUGCUGAGGGUGACUACAAUGUGAUGGUGAUGGAGCUACUCGGUCCGAGCCUGGAGGACCUUUUCAACUUCUGUUCCCGCAAGUUCAGCUUGAAGACCGUGUUGCUUCUGGCUGACCAGAUGAUCAGCCGCAUAGAGUACAUCCACUCAAAGAAUUUUAUUCACCGAGACGUUAAGCCUGACAACUUCCUCAUGGGCUUGGGAAAGAAGGGCAACCUCGUGUACAUUAUCGACUUUGGCCUGGCGAAGAAGUACCGCGACGCUCGCACACACCAACACAUACCCUACCGGGAAAACAAGAACCUGACAGGCACAGCCCGCUAUGCCUCCAUCAACACCCACCUGGGCAUCGAGCAGUCCCGGCGUGAUGACCUGGAGUCCCUUGGCUACGUGUUGAUGUAUUUCAACCUGGGCUCUCUGCCCUGGCAAGGCCUCAAGGCUGCAACCAAGAGACAAAAGUAUGAGCGCAUCAGCGAAAAGAAGAUGUCUACUCCGAUUGAGGUGCUCUGCAAGGGCUACCCCUCUGAGUUUGCCACAUACCUCAACUUUUGCCGCUCGCUGCGUUUCGACGACAAGCCCGACUACUCGUACCUGAGACAGCUCUUCAGGAACCUGUUCCAUCGGCAGGGUUUCUCAUACGACUAUGUCUUUGACUGGAAUAUGCUCAAAUUUGGAGCAAACCGGGCAGCGGAGGAUGCGGAACGUGAGCGCAGAGAGCGAGAGGACAGGCUCCGACACGCACGCAACCCGGCGGCCCGCGGGAUGCCCUCUGCCUCGGGAAGGCCCAGAGCAGCGCAGGAUGCUGCUGCCGCCGCAACGCCUCUUACGCCAACAUCCCACGCAGCCAACACGUCGCCAAGGGCCGUCUCAGGAGCAGAGCGGGAAAGGAAAGUCAGCAUGCGGCUGCACCGCGGAGCGCCCGUCAACGUCUCCUCAUCUGAUCUGACCGGCCGUCAGGACGCUUCGCGAGUUUCCGCUUCUCAGAUCCUGCCACGCGUGGCCCCCGGCGGCCUCCAAUCUGCUGUGCCCCGAUGAGGGACAUUGAAGCCCCGCUCCAAGGGGGGACGACGACUACCCGUGACCGACACUCAUCGGUGCCAUUACAGUCGGUGCGACGCCUUCGGACGCUCAAACGUCGGUCCCCGGCGCAGAUCGAUUUCCUUUGGUCCCCUUCCCCGUCAUCCCCAACGCGCUUUUAACCGUGCGCGAAAAGACAUGAAGAAAGCCCUGUUUUGGAGACUAGAGGCGGAUAGACGUAAAGCAAAAGCCUUAAAGAAACGUUUCUCAGCCUUUGCAUCAAACCGUCUUUACCAUGGGUCGUCCUUUGCUCCCGUUGUCGCUUUUUGCCUCACCGAUAGCUCACGACCGGUUCCCCCCAGAUGACCCUAUCACCACUUCCUCAGUUCCUUUUGUCCUGUGCUAAAAUAUCUCAUGUAGUCACGAGUCAGUAUUUUUUAUACGGACUAUAAAUGGCACAAGAGGAAAAAAAGUAUACGUAUUACAAACUGGGGCCUCCGUCACUAUAGAUUUUUUUUUUUUUUUUUUUUUAAAUUAUCCUUUGCAAAUGUUUUGACUGCUACAGAGAGUCGUCCGGAGUUCGGGUUGCUCGAGACAGAGGAAGCGCAGUCGGCGUCGGGUUCUCGUCGUGUAUUUCACGUGCAGAAGUUGUGAGAAGUGUAAUGUGGAGGUAGAAAUUUUUAUUUAUUAUUCCCCCUAAACUUCCCUUGCACCAGUUAUUGUAGCUACAAUUGUCAGUUUGUUGAAGUGACUUUUCCCUCAGAUCCUGGCGAAAGCAAAAGGGUAAAGCGGAAUUGACUCCUUGUUGGCCUCGGAGGGGCUUGGGUUUAAGUUUAGACACCGAACCAGCUUAUCGGGUGUACCGUAUUAAUUUCUAUAGGUUGUCAGUUAUUGGGAUGGCGGGGUUAGGCGCAAGGGAAGGGGAUUGUGACGUUUUAAAGUCGCUUUUGUACGUAGAACAUAGCAUUUUUGAUGGCAAAAGUACUGGAUUGCGUGGGCGUUUGUGUGUAGUUGGCAAAGUUUGGCUGCCGCAGGGUGCAGUUGGUAGCGGUUUAGGCCAAGGCAGUCUCGGCAGAUGGAGGCGAGGGAGACCCCAGGCAUUCUUGUGCUGGAGGUAAAGUUUUGAGUGCGUGCAGUACAUCUUGCAUCUUCUUCUGUUUUUACAAUAAACAUGUCCCUGAAC